AUGGAGGAGGUGGACCUUCCGGAAGCCUUGAAGUUGGUCCGAAUCUUCGCGACACUGAGAACGGUUCAUCGUGGUUGCGUCGAUGCUUGCGUCGCCAAAGUACGCGACGCCGAUGCAGAGGUGCUUCUCGGCGUGAAGGAGGCCGACGUAGCAUUUGCCGCUGAGGCUCUUGCUAUGAUGCGCGAAACGGAGGCCCUUGAUGUUUUGCUGCGCGUGCUGGCAUCGCGUGUGCACCGGAUUGCCACUCCACUGGCGGCACGCCUUGUGGAUAUCUCCUGCGAAGCCCACUCGUCGGAAUGCGCCGACUUUGCGGACGCGCUGUGCCGUUCACUAGUCGAGCAGGAGGUGGCAACCAUCGCGCACAUUUUAGAGGUGGCUGAAGCUACCGCGCGACUGGCGGAUGCCGGGCUCUACAGGAUCGAGCCUCGCUCUGGUUUGGAGAUCUUAUUUCAGCACGUUGUGCGCCGGGCCCGCUCCGCGCCCGCCUGGGCCGGCUCUGAGAUGCCGCGGCUG